UGAGGAGAAGGAAGAGGAGGGGGAGGAGGAGGAGGGAAUGUAAGGUGGGGGGUGGGAGGGAGGUGAGAUGGGCAGCGCUCGCUGCUCGCUCGAUCCGGCGCCCAGGCAGAGGGAACCGCCCCGGGGGCUGAGGCUGGGGCUGACCCCGGCGCCGGGGCCGGGGCCGGGGCCCAGCGAUGGAGCCGCAGGAGGCGGGCGGGGUGCGCUCGAGCUCGGCUCGGGCUGCCUCCUGCCCCCGCCGCCGCCGCCGAGCAGGGCUGGGGGGAGAGCGGGUGGGUCCCCCGCGCGACGGCCCCGCCGGGCUCACGACUGCUCCGUCUCCCCCCUGCCCCCACCCGGCUCUCGGCCGCCGCCGCCGCCGCCUUCUCUGUGUCUCUUCAGCAGCCGCCGCCGCCGCCGCCUCCUUCCUUCAGCUUCAGCCGCCGCCGCCGCCGCCGCCGCCGCCGGACUCACCUCCCUGCACAGCCGGAUAGAGCGGAGCCAGCGGCGGACACGCGCAACCAGCCGCCGAGGCCCCGCCCCCGCCUCGCACUGACCGGCCGCCUCAGCCAAUCGGAACCCGCCUCCGCGCGCCCGCCUCCAAUCGCGGGUGCCGAACCCCAGACGGGCGGGUAGCUUGGCCAGUGGAGGCAAGGUGGGGAGCUCCUUGGGAAAUCCUGCCUUCGAGCCUCGAUAGGCAGGCCUAUAAUCCAAUCAAGAGGUAGAGUGCGUUCUGAAGGACGGGCCCGAAAGCGAAUCGGAAACCAAAGAUCACCGGUGACAUUCUCUUUAGCCCCGCUUUUUUUUCCCCCUUUUUCUUUUCUUCUUUUUUUGCGGGGCAGGAGCAGGAAGCUGCGUGCUAACCUCGGCUAUAAGAUCUGAAAGAGAGGGGUGGAAUGAAAGGACCAAUCAUAGGCUGAAGACAAAGAAUAGACCCACCAAUAGACGGAGCGAGGGCGGGAUGCUAAUAAGAUGGACACCUGGAAUUAUCAAAUGGAAGUGAGAAUUGACGUCGGUACCUCCCCCAGAUCCCAUAUAGGACCGCUUUAAGAGGAGGAGAACGGGAAGGAAAAUUGAGGUCACCAAGUAUUUCAGUCACUGAGCCAGCCUCUGGCAUCCUGACGCUGCCCACGUGCUGCACCAACCCAGCCAUUCUGAUGCAGAGAUUUCUUCACGGGCAUUCUUCAAAGCUUCGCUUCCUAUGGAAGAUAAUGGAGUGGAUUUAUGAAUGUUCACUACUGCAAAUUAAGACUGGUGCAUCUUUUUUUUUUUUAAAUUCCA